AUGCUAACAAGAUCCAGGAUUCAACGAGGCGAAGGCAAGCUUGAAGAAUAUAAUCCUAAGAUCGGAAAACGAAGAACUAAUCCACCAUCACAGAUGGAAGGAAAAGGUGGUGAAGAAGGUUCCGAAGACGAAAGUAUUCAAAAGACUCUUCAAAAUUUGGAAACCAUUGUACAAGUUUUAGUACAAGAGAGAGAGGACAAGAUGCGAAGAUGUGCAACUUGUGAGGACAAAGGAAAAAGACCAGGAGGUGACCCUGAGCCUCCAAAAACACCUCCAUCUCCUUCUUCUCCCUCUUCUACUCAUUCUGAGUCUUCUUCUCUUUUCAAGAGUUCACAUAAGCCUAAGAUUAAAUUGGAUGUAAAAUUUGAUCUACCAAAGUACUGUGGGGAAUUAAAUGCUGAAAAAUUAGAUGAUUGGAUUCAACAGGUUGAAGUCUAUUGUAGAGUCCAAAACCUCUUAGAUGAUGCUGAUAGGAUCCAAUUAGCUACUCUUCGGUUAGGAGGUACAACUCUAACCUGGUGGGAGAGUAGAAUUCGGGAUGGGUCUUCACAACAUGGUAAAAUCAAUUUAACUUGGCAAGGGAAAGGUCAAUCUGUCCAGGAUUACACCCAUGAAUUCAGAAAGAAGGCUAUUGCAUUAAAUGUUCCAUUGUAUACCCAGGACAUGUUGCUUAAGUAUAUAGGUGGUCUUCACUCUUAUCUGAGACAUUCGAUUUUGGUCUUGAAUCCUAAUAACUUAGAUGAAGUUGGUGUUCAAGCCACACACCUAGAGUCAAGAGGUAAGGGUUCUUUUAUUGAUAAGUUUGAUAAGAAUCCAUCUAAGUCUGAGAACAAAUCCCAAAACAAAGGGAAGGGGAAAAAGACAGCUAUAGUGAAGAAAGAGGGUGAAAAACCCACAUGCUCACAUUGCAAGAAAGAAGGGCAUGAUGAUUCUAGGUGCUGGAAGCUGCACCCUAAAAAGAGGCCAAAGAGAUAUGGUGGAAACAAAGACAAACAAAAGACUGCUGCUAUAGUUCAACAGGAUCUUGGAUCUGACUCUGGAGAUGAGACAAAGAUCGUUGCUACCAGAAUCCAAGGUAAAGAAAAAGGUAGAUCUCUCUCAUCAGCUACAAGUUCUUCUAAUAUAAGUGCAAGUACAAGUAAAGAUUCUACUCCUAAGAAUGAUAAGCAAAGGAAUGAAUUAUUUCAUAUUCGGGUUGUUAUCAAACAUACUAAAGUUGAUACAUUAUUUGAUACGGGUUCUCAAGUUAACUUGAUAUAUGAAGAAAUUGUUAAAAAGCUUAACUUGACUACAACACCUCAUCCAAAACCAUACCCUCUGGGAUGGGUUUGCAAUGAUGCACAAUUGCAAGUAACUAAACAAUGUAAGAUAAGAUUUGCUAUCACUGCAAACUUUGUAGAUGAGGUAGAAGCUGAUGUAGUCCCUUUAGAUAUUUGUGGUCUUGUACUUGGGAGUCCCUAUUUGUAUGAUCGAUAG